AGUAGUUAGUUGUUGAGUUUGAGUCCAUUGAGAGACAUAGAACAACAAUGGCUCACCUCUUCAGAGACCUCUCCCUUGGUCACUCCAAGAGAGAGUCAACACCCCCACCGCUAACACAACAACGCCCACCGCCGCCCCUCACAAUGCCUCCCAGACCAAUCACCAAUCUCCCCUCUCCCUUUGGCCAACUCGCCACUCAACUAUCCGAUUCCGACCUCCAACUCACCUCUUAUGAGAUCUUCGUCGCCGCUUGCCGUACUUCCACCGGUAAACCCCUCACUUACAUCCCUAACAACUCCACCGACUCACCCAACCACCACAACUCCAACUCUCCCAGUCAUAACUCCCCUACGCUCCAACGCUCACUUACUUCUGCGGCUGCUAGCAAGAUGAAGAAGGCGCUCGGCUUGAAGUCUCCCGUCUCUAAGAAAAGUCCCGGUUCCGGCCCGGGAAAGUCCAGGAAGGCUAUGACUGUAGGUGAGUUAAUGAGGACUCAAAUGGGAGUUUCUGAUACCGUUGAUUCAAGAGUACGAAGAGCUUUGCUGAGGAUCUCUGCUGCUCAGGUUGGAAGGAAAAUUGAGUCAACAGUACUUCCACUUGAGCUAUUACAGCAGCUCAAGGUUUCUGAUUUUACUGAUCAACAUGAAUAUGAUGCAUGGCAGAAGAGAACACUGAAACUUCUUGAAGCUGGACUUCUUUUGCAUCCUCGUGUGCCAUUUGAUAAGUCAAAUGCUGCUGCCCAGCGGCUUAGACAAAUCAUUAACGGGGCUAUGGGUCGGCCCAUUGAAACUGGGAGAAACAAUGAGUCAAUGCAAGUUCUUCGUAGUGUUGUCAUGUCUCUUGCUUCAAGAUCUGAUGGGUCUCUGAAUGAGUCAUGCCACUGGGCUGAUGGAUUUCCAUUUAACCUCAAACUGUAUGAAAUGCUUUUAGAAGCCUUGUUCGAUCCUAGUUGUGAAACAUCAAUUAUUGAGGAAGUUGAUGAGCUUAUGGAACACAUCAAGAAGACUUGGGUAAUCCUCGGGAUGAAUCAGAUGCUCCACAAUAUUUGUUUUACAUGGGUUCUAUUUAACCGGUUUGUUGCAACUGGACAAGUUGAACCGGACCUAUUGUAUGCUGCUGAUACUCAGCUAGCGGAAGUUGCAAAGGAUGCAAAGGCAACGAAGGAUGCAGAGUACUCCAAGAUUUUGAGCUCUACAUUGACUGCAAUAAUGAGUUGGGCAGAGAAGAGGCUUCUUGCAUAUCAUGAUACUUUUGACAGUGGAAAUCUUGAUACUAUGCAGGGUAUUGUUUCUGUGGGAGUAUCAGCAGCAAAGAUUUUAGUUGAGGACAUAUCUAAUGAGUAUCGCAGAAAAAGGAGAGGUGAAGUUGAUGUGGCUCGAAGCAGGAUUGAGACUUACAUCAGGUCAUCACUUCGAACUGCUUUUGCUCAGAGAAUGGAGAAAGCAGACUCAAGCAGGAGAGCAUCCAAAAACCAGCCCAAUCCUCUCCCUGUACUUGCCAUCCUUGCAAAGGACGUUAACGAGCUGGCAAUUAAUGAGAGGCAGGUCUUUAGUCCAAUACUAAAGAAAUGGCAUCCUCUUGCAGCAGGUGUGGCUGUGGCAACCCUGCAUGCUUGUUAUGGUAAUGAGAUAAAACAAUUCAUAUCGGGAAUAGCAGAGUUAACACCAGAUGCUGUUCAAGUGUUGAGAGCUGCAGAUAAACUGGAAAAAGAUCUUGUGCAGAUUGCAGUGGAGGAUUCAGUAGAAAGUGAUGAUGGUGGGAAGGCAAUUAUCCGUGAGAUGCCUCCUUAUGAGGCCGAAGCUGCAAUUGCCAAUCUGAUUAAAGUGUGGAUUAAGACAAGAAUAGACAGAUUGAAGGAAUGGGUUGACAGGAAUUUGCAACAAGAGGAUUGGAACCAACAACCAAAUCAAGAAGGAUAUGCUGCAUCUGCUAUUGAAGUUCUGAGAAUUAUUGAUGAAACUUUAGAUGCAUAUUUUCAACUGCCAAUACCAAUGCACCCAGCCUUACUGCCUGACUUGAUGGCUGGACUUGACAAAUGUCUUCAAUACUAUGUAACCAAGGCAAAAUCUGGCUGUGGAUCACGGAACACAUAUGUUCCUACAAUGCCAGCAUUGACAAGAUGCACUAUAGGAUCAAAGUUUCAAGGUGUAUGGAAGAAGAAAGAGAAGUCACCAAAUCCUCAAAAGAAGAAUUCUCAGGUUGCCACAAUGAAUGGGGGGAAUUCUUUUGGGGUAUCACAGCUGUGUGUCCGUAUAAAUAGUAUGCACCGAAUCAAAACUGAAUUAGAUGCUCUGGAGAAGAGAGUAAUCACCCAUUUGAGGAACUGUGAGUCUGCACAUGCAGAAGACUUCUCAAAUAGUCUGGGGAAGAAGUUUGAACUCACGCCAUCUGCUUGUGUUGAAGCUGUUCAACAACUUUCUGAGGCAGUGGCAUAUAAAAUUGUUUUCCAUGAUCUAAGUCAUGUUUUAUGGGAUGGUUUGUAUGUUGGGGAGCCAUCAUCCUCUAGGAUCGAGCCUUUUCUUCAGGAGCUCGAACGCAAUUUGCUGAUCAUCUCAGAUACCAUGCAUGAAAGAGUUCGUACACGGAUUAUAACAGAUAUAAUGAAAGCAUCUUUUGAUGGAUUCUUGCUGGUUUUACUUGCUGGAGGUCCCUCUCGUGCUUUCUCACGGCAGGAUUCUCAAAUAAUAGAGGACGAUUUUAAGACCCUUAAAGAUCUUUUCUGGGCCAACGGGGAUGGCUUGCCAACUGAGAUUAUAGAUAAGUUUUCAGCUACAGUAAGAGGUGUACUUCCCCUGUUCCGUACUGAUACAGAGAGCUUGAUUGAGCGGUUCAGACGUGUGACCCUGGAGACAUAUGGCUCUUCAGCCAAGUCCAGGCUACCACUUCCUCCAACCUCAGGACAGUGGAAUCCUACUGAACCAAACACGCUUCUACGUGUUCUGUGUUAUCGGAAUGAUGAAGCAGCUGCAAAGUUUCUUAAGAAGACUUACAAUCUACCUAAGAAACUGUAGUUAGCUGAGGCAAGGUGGCACUGAAAUUGCUGUGCAGAAGAUUCUUGUAGUUGUACUACUUGUAUUUAGUAAAAGAUGGUGCAUACAGGUGGUGAUCAUGUUAUAUGCUUGGUUGAGAUGGAUCACUGAUUUUGUAUAGUAAAUUGGAAGUGUUGUGGUCAAGUCCAGCUGUUUAUUCGAUACUUUUUCAAAGUUGAUAAGAGGAGAGAAUCGGAAGGGCAUGAGAGUGAGAAGGGAAGGUAGGUGGAUCAUUAUUAUUAUAUGAAGAAAUCUCUUUAUUUGUUGUUUAUUCUAUGCAGCAGUUGGCAGCAUCUGUUUUAUGUUCCGAGGUUCAUUAUUUGUUAUUAAAUAUUUAUUAUUAGUGAUUAUUUUUUGUGAUAAAUACCUUUUGCAGUGGUUUGUCUUCUUCCUUAUCAAAGAUGCAUCCAGAAUACAUGAGCCUUAAUUAAGGAUAAGGCUAUUUUUGAUCGCAAUCUCUCCCUCGUAUGU